AUCGAACUUACCAAGCGUGCUAAUUUAUACCAAGCAGAUGUUGAUCGCUAUACUGAAUUCCUACAGCUUGCCAGUGCAUGGUUUGAUAGGAAUUUAGAGAAAAUUUGGAAUAUUAUUUGCAGCGUUACAUCCGAUGAGGUGGAAUCGAUAACAUAUGACAGUUUUAAGGCCAGUAUGCAUUCAGUUACAAAUUAUCUGCAAUUAGUUCUCAUAGAUGCAAAGGCGCCGUUUAAUGAUGUCGAAAUGCACUUAGUAGCAAUGCUUUUGGAUCCCAGCUCUGAAGGCUCAAUCGAAGUCAAGAAAUUUGCAGAAGGCAUAUUGGGACUGUGCAAAGAAGAAGAAGUGCGAGCGCUGAAAAUGGGUCCGUCGCCUCUUGCAAGGCAGUUCAUCCGCUGGGUUCGAUUGCAUUUUCGGAAUGCAACUCUUGCAUCGAUACCUCACCAUCCCCUCCACUUUGACGAAGAUGUACCAUCGUUUUACACGGCAGACCUGCUUAUUGACAUCAUUAGGCGAAGGAACCAUAUAUGUGCUCCAUCGAUCAAACUUUUGAAGAAAAAAUCAGCGCUUCAACCGGAGGUAAUCGAGCAGGUUAGUGAGUCGCUAGCACAGCUCGGCAUUGAGGGAGGAACUCGGCUCUCACCAACGGAAGUGACAAUUCUUUACCAAACGCAGUGCAGUAACAACGUGUCAAGAGUCAGUCUCUUUAUUGCUUCAAUCAACGACUGCUAUUUGCUUUGGGAUGAGGCUGCACUUUGGCUAGAAGACUUUGAAGCCAAGACACCAAAUGUGUCGUCGGAAAAGUCACAGCCAUCUGCUGAGUGUGCGACAGUAAUGGGAUCGGAUAACAGUGGCGAUUCGGACAGUAGUUCAGUGGAUUCUUUGGCAUCGUUUUUUACUGUAGAAAAGGCAAGUAAAACGGUCAAACUAGAACCAAAAGGAGAGCUAGACGAUUGCGAAAUCUGGUUAGACGCUGCAAGCAGCGAAUGCGGGAGCUGGAGGGUGCUCACAGUCCAUCAUCAUCGGUUGCCUCAUCUUCUGUCUCUAGAAGCACCAAGUGAUGGUGCUGUGCCUGUUUUGUGA